AUGGGUAGCUCCGGCGUGCAAUCAAAUGGUUCCAAUGGAGGCGAUGGUCUGAAGAACGAAUUCCAUCCCGAAAACCGCUUCCCGGAGACAAGGACUGGUAGCCACCCUUAUCGCAAAGCAGUGGGGGAGAUCAUCACUUGCAAAGGUAGGAAAAUAUUAAAGUAUCUUCGAUACUCCUUCCUCGCUUCCUUUCGAACCAGUCGGUCUGUGUUGUCAAGCUGCGGUCGUAUGGGGCACCGGAGAGCCAUUCGUCAUCGAAGAGAUCGAGGUCGACCCCCCGCAGAAGAUGGAAGUCCGCAUCCGAAUUCUCUUCACUUCCAUUUGCCACACCGAUCUCAGCGCCUGGAAAGGAGAGGUAUAGAACUUAUCCGAGCGAAGGACAUUCCACGCGGCGGAGCUAGGCUCCGCUUUGCGUCAGAGCUGUUCUAACGUUCCUCUGUUUCAUGCCAACAGAACGAAGCCCAUAACAUCUAUCCCCGAAUAUUUGGCCAUGAGGCAUCUGGGUACGCCUGUUCGUCACUUCUAACUUCACCAUCUGUCCUCUCUCUCUCUCUCCAUCUGUUUAUCUUUCUCCGAGUAAAACCUCAACUUAUUGGUGUGCGCGAAGGGUUGUGGAGAGCGUCGGAGAAGGGGUGACGGACCUCAGGGAGGGUGACCACGUGGUUACCAUCUUUACCGGCGAAUGCGGCGAGUGCGCCUACUGCAAGUCCGAGAAGACCAACCUCUGCGAGACGUACCGAGUCAACCCGUUGAAGAACACCAUGACCGGCGACGGGAAGACGAGAUUCUUCACCGCCUCCCAACGGCAGCCGAUCUACCACUUCCUCAACACCUCUACCUUCAGCGAGUACACCGUGCUCGACUCGGCUUGCGUCGUCAAGAUACAUCACAACGCUCCCCUGCACAAGAUGUGCCUCCUCAGCUGCGGCGUCUCCACUGGUAUCCAUCCUGAAGAACCUACUGGGGCCAAUCCAAGAACAGAGAAGCUGAUUUUUUAAGAUGACUGACGAUCUUGAUCGGAAACUAUCCUCAACGAACAGGGGUCGGAGCGGCGUGGAACACAGCAGACGUGAAGGAGGGAUCAACGGUGGCAGUAUUUGGAUUGGGCGCCGUGGGACUUGCGGUAAGAAUGUUAUUCCUGUCGCUUUUCUCCCCAGACUGUCCGGUUUUCUAGAAAACUGCUUAGCGUUCACAGAAGUUACGUGCUCUGGGGGGCGGCGGGAGUAGAACCAUAUGUUCCUCUGAAUUCUUCACAAGAAGACGCCGACUCUCUGUGGAGUUUCCCUCCAGAUGAUGGUUCUUCUACUCCCCCCAAGAUGGUUCAGAGCAUGUGAAGCUUCCCAAAAUUUGGAGUUAGGAAACUCCAUAUGAUGGUUCUUCUACUCCCGGCCCCCCUAACUCCAUAUUUAGGGAAACUCCAUAUGAUGAUCUGACGUCAUCAGAUCUAAACCCCACAUGAUGAAAUUUAGGAGCCUCUUCCGCUGUCUGCAGGUUGUGGAGGGGGCCCGAGUGCGAGGAGCCUCUCGGAUCAUAGGGGUCGACACCAACUCGGAAAAAUCCACCAAAGGUAGAUCAAUCAAACUGUAGGCGAAGAUUGAAAGCCGCGUGUUUCUGACCACGGAGAUCGAUGAGAAUCGUUUGACAUCUGCUUACCAUCCGCAGCGAAGGAGAUAGGAGUCACUGAGUUCGUCAACCCCAGAGAGCACUCCAAGCCUGUCCACGAGGUAAAUCCAUAAAUGUUAAAUCCAUUGGCAUGAGUCUGGCUGGUUCCGAUUUGACCUCUGGUGCCGUGGGCGGCUAGAGGUCACAAGCGCCAUAAAUGUUAUUCCAUGGAGAACCACGCGUGGCAAUAAAUAGGCCAGCUCAUGAUGUGCCGGCUCGUCAUUUUGUGUAAUUGUUUUCUGUGUGGCGGCCAACAUGGCACGUUGGAGAUGCCAACGAGUUGACGCCUUGAAGCAACCAAUGGCUGUGCAGGUGAUAAGUAGCAUGACGAAAGGCGGCGUUGACUAUAGCUUCGAGUGUGUCGGUACCGUGGACGUGCUCAGGGAGGCCUUCUCAUCAACCCACGAUGUAAACUUGGAGUCCCCUCCUUUCUGGCUCGCCAACGGAGGCAGCCGGUUCAAUGACCGUGUGGGGUUGGCGUUUUGCAGGGCUGGGGAAUUACUGUGGUGCUAGGGAUUCAUAACUCUCCUCAGCUGCUCCCUAUGCACCCUAUGGAGCUCUUCAAUGGCAGGAGGAUCGUCGGAUCUGUCUUCGGCGACGUGAAGGGGAAGACCCAGCUGCCGGACAUGGUCCACAAGUACAUGGACGGGGUGGGCUCCUUCCCUUCGGAACAUUUAAUAUAAAUAAUUACCGGCUUUUAUAACGGGGGACCUCUCUCUCUUACUCCCUUUUUUUUAUAAAAAAUAUGUGCAUACUUUUCGCUCAUCGGGUUUCUCUGUCUGCUUCAGUCCCUAAAGGUGGACGGGCUGAUAACCCACGAGCUACCCUUCGAGGAGAUAAACAUGGCGCUGCAAUUGCUAGCGGAGGGGAAGUCGCUGCGGUGCGUGCUUCGCCUGUGA